UUGCCAAAUUCCAUAAAUUUUGAUUAUUGGAGUGAGAAUAACUAUAGUUUUUGGUUAGUUUUUAUAUACUCUUUUUUCUUUAAUAAAGUAAGAAGAAAAAAAAAGGUUAAGAGACCUUCUGUACGAGGGAGCUUCGACACUGAUAGUGUAAUAAAGAAGAUAAUAUAAAUACCCACUUCUUAGUUUCACUUUCUACUAAUAUAAUAAUAUGCACUAUUCACAUAUAUCCGAUAUAAAUUAGGCGAAACUCCAAAGAAGAAAAGAAAAAGAAAAGUUAUAGUAGUAGAUAGAAUUUUUAGAAGUGUGAGUGAGUAGAAAUGAAAGUGAGUAAUAUAAACAACCAACAGAAAAUACACUGAGAAAGAUAAUAGUCGUUAUUACCAAUUUUUCUUUCUUUCUCUCUCUCUAAAUUUAGUGUUUUUACACACUGAUCUUCAUUCUGCUACUUCUGUCUUACUGCUUCUGCUCUGCUGUGCUACUUCUUCCCCACAUUUUUCUCUCUCCUCUGCUCCAAAAAGAAUACUAAUAGAAGAAGAAGAACAACCACAACAACAACACCCUCUCUUUUUUAUUUCUUUUGCAGUCAAUUCUUAUUUCUUCUGAAGAAACAAGAUCUUAAUUCAGUGAUAACAAAAAAAACACAUAAAUAUAUACACAUAAAACACACACCAUAUAUAUAUAUAUAUGGUGUCCCACUUAGUUUUUUUUUUUUGUAGCUAAAUUCUCUCUCCUCCUAAAAACUUGAGAAUUUUACCAAAAUUGAACAUUCAUUGAAGUUAGCGGUGGUGGCUACUACAAGGAGAUUAGCGUCGGAUUCUGGUGCGUUUGCUGAUUGGGUGGCUUCAUCAGCAAGCAACGCUGCUGAUAAAAGUAAUGAUUUAUCAUUGGGUUUUAAUGCCGGGCCUAACCCACCCACCGGGCCAGCACCAUCUAGUGGGAACACUUUAUGGCCUACAGCUUCUCGGGCUGCUGCUUUGGGGUAUGGGAUCCCACCUGAGAUGGGGAUGUUUGUUGUCGCUCCUGCAUCAACGUUUCACCAUCAUCAACAACAACAACAACAACACGAGUCUUCGUUGAUGAUGGAUUCACACUCACACCACCACCACCAUCACCACUUUUCAACCACCAGGGAUGGUGGUGGUGUUGGUGGUGUAAAUGGUGUGAAUAACGCCGGCACCGCUUUAGGUGUUGGGGUUGGUGUCGGCGUUAUUCCACUCCUCACCACCGGCCCAUGUUUAAACAUGGGUGGCGGUGGUGGAGGAGAUAAUAGUAAUAGUAAUAGUAAUAAUAAUAGUAGUAAUAAUAAUAAUACAUUAGAUGGACAUGAUGGGUUUAUGGGUCGUAAUCGGGCUGGUGCAAUCCAACUUUGGCAGACCCAUCAACAACAAAUGGGAGGUAAUCAUAACAAUUACCCGAAGAAAAGCAUUAAUUUCGACCCGAUUAGUGGCCCGAAUUUACUCCAUUCAUCUUCAACUUCAACAAUGGGGUGUGGUGGUGGUGGUGGGACCACUACUUGUCAAGAUUGUGGUAAUCAAGCUAAGAAAGAUUGUAGUCAUCGGAGGUGUAGAACUUGUUGUAGGAGUAGGGGUUUUGAUUGUUCUACUCAUGUUAAGAGCACGUGGGUCCCUGCUGCUAGGAGAAGAGAGCGCCAAAUUAUGGGUGUUGGCGCUUCACCAGGGACCCACGUCUCUGGUGGUGGUGGAGGUGGUGGAGGUGGUGGUGGAGGUGGUGCUUCUUCUGGUUCUACAUCCGGGGCGAAGAAGCCCCGGCUUAUCUCUUCACAAAAUACCGCUACUACUUCCCAUACCUCGAACUCUAACACACCUCCUCGAAGCUUCGAGACCAGCUCCAGCCAUCAAGAUGCGAGCUUUAAAGAGUCAUUGCCGGGGCAAGUGAAGGCGCCAGCGGUGUUCAAGUGUGUGAGAGUGACGGCAGUGGAUGAUGGGGAGGAUGAGUUUGCAUAUCAAGCAAUGGUGAAGAUAGGUGGUCAUGUUUUUAAGGGUUUUUUAUAUGAUCAAGGGACUGAACCAAGAGAUGGGUUUCCUAAUUUGUCUGAGUUACAUUUGGGUGGUGGUGCUAGUAGUAGUGCUGGUGGUGGUGGUGGUGGUGGUGGUGGGAGAAAUGGUGGAGCUUCGUCGUCGUCGCCACUUCUUGAUCCAUCUGAUGUUUAUGGAGGUUCUGGAACUGGAGGUUUGCUUGGUGGUUCAACCUAUGGUAACACUAUAAAUUGAAAACAUAAAAAAUAAUACUAGUUCUAGUAUUUAUCAUGAUCAUGAGGAGAUGAAAAUUUUCUUUUGGGUCUUUUGAAAAUGUUGUUUCAAAUGCAAAAGACUCAAAAGCAAUCUUGUGAUUAACUACUACUAAUAGUAUAUCUUAAUUAGUAGUUAGUUUUCCUCUUGUAUUCUAAUAACUAGCUUGAUUUUGAUAUCUUUAUUGAUCUAAUUAUUCCCAUCAAUGAAUAGGGUUUUCAAUUGGGCAAGGUUA